GACAACUCGGAACCCAUGGCGCGGACAUAACGGAAGUUUAGACGGUUGCUCUGGGUGAACGAAAAGAACACUGACAGCAUCGCAUCACUUAAGAAAUUAUUUUCUCCCCCUAAAUUAACCCAGUCUCCCCUUUCCCUCACCCAUGGCGUCCAAUUCUAACAUAGAUAUUGAGGGUGCGACUCAGCAUCUCCGGGACAUCCUCAAGCUUGACCGUCCCGGGAAUAGCACCGAUGCACAAUUAGGUGAUGGUCAGAGAAAGCCAUCUUUUAAUGGAGAGCUCAACGGGUUAUUAGGAACUGCAGGCCUUCUAGGAAGCACUGAUCGGUCAACCAUGUCAGAAUCUACCAGACCCAUCUCCACAGACAUCAGCAGUGCUCAGGAGAGUCAGAUAAUCUGCCUUUCCGGUGAUGAUGGGUCCACCUGUAUCCCCAUCACCUCUAAUAAUGUGGAGAUUGUGGCAAGUCAAGACUCCAGCAUCAACAGCAAGGCUCGAGGCAGCAACAAGGUCAAGAUCCAACCUGUUGCCAAGUUUGACUGGGAACACAAGUAUUAUUAUGGUAGACUGAUAGCUGUUUCCAACUCCUUCCUGGCCUACGCCAUCAGAGGAGCCAACAACCACGCAAUGAUUCGUGUCCUGAGUCUGGGUUUUGCUGAGCGUUCCCUACUGAAAGGGUUCACUGGGGCUGUCACAGAUCUGGCUUUUGCCCACCUCGACUCCUCCCUGCUGGGUUGUGUAGAUGAAGCGGGUAACCUGAUGGUCUGGCAACUCACCUGCGCUGGAAACAAGAUACUAGAUCAGAUAGUGGUUCAUAUCAGGCAGCCAGAAGACACCCCACUGAACUCCCACCGUCGUCUCAUCUGGUGUCCGUUCAUUCUGGAUGACAGUGAAGAGAACCAGGAUGACACCAGCCAGACGUUGGCCCUUCUACAUGAAGACAGAGCUGAGGUGUGGGACCUGGAAGUCUUAAGAGCCAACAACAGCAACUGGCCUGUUGAUGCCACAGAACUGAAAGAAGGCCUCAUCACAAUAAAGGGACAUACCCAGCGAGUCAGUGAAGGGGCCUUGUCUCCAGAUGGAACUGUGUUAGCAACAGCCAGCCAUGAUGGAUACAUCAAGUUCUGGCAGAUAUACAUAGAAGGUGGACAAGACAAGCCCAGAUGUCUACAUGAAUUGCGGCCUCAUGGAGGACGCCCCCUUUCCUGCCUUCUUUUCUGUGACAACCACAAGAGGCAGGACCCAGAGGUUCCUUUCUGGCGGUUCCUCAUAACUGGAGCGGAUCAGAACCAGGAGUUGAAGAUGUGGUGCACAGUUUCCUGGACCUGUUUACAGACCAUCAGGUUUUCUCCCGAUCCGUUCAACUCAUCAGCUCUGCCAAGUCUGAAGGCUAGUCUGGACCUUUCUGCUGAAUAUCUCAUCCUCACCGAUGUACAGAGAAAGGUUCUGUAUGUGAUGGAGCUGCGACAGGACCUGGAAAAAGGAAAGGCCAGUUUCACAGCUGUGUCAGAAUUCCUGCUGACCCAUCCUGUACUCAGCUUUGGAGUCCGGGAUGUCACCCAUAGCCGACUACGACACACUGAGGUCCUUCCUGCAGAGGAGGAGAGCGAGAGCAUGACCACAGAGGGCACUCAAGGACCUGCAGAAUCCAAGUCUGGCAUCCAGAUUAAACUCUACUGUGUUCACACUAAGAGUCUACAGGAUGUUCAGAUCUGGUUUCAGCCCAACGUGGGUUCCAGCUCUGCAGUCUUCCUGCCUCAUUCUGAUUCUCAAGAUGGUUUUGCAGGGUUUUCAGACCAUCUCACUGACCAGAGCUCUGACAAGGAGUCAGGAAGUGGGUCCCAGACUGACCUAAGGAAGAUCCCAUCUCUUCCUGCUCCUGCUGACUUCCUGUCAAACUCUGCCACUGGCAGUGGUCCAAUGCCCAAGCUGAUGACUCCUGACGCCUUUAUGACACCAAGCACUUCGGUACCAGCAUCUCCUGGCAGCAGUGCAAGCAGUCUGACCAUUGUAACAGCUAUCAGCAGCAACUCUGAUUCCACUAACAGAGCUCUAGAUGAUGUCAGUCAGAGUCCUAACAGAGCAGAGAACAACAGCAGCAGUAGUCUGACACUCUCUGCCUCCACCAGCAGCCCAAGAGCUGCUUCUGCUGUGCUGCUGCCUGGACUGGAGAACCUACAGGCUUUGGCAUCCCCUAGUGGUCCUCUUGCACUUGACAGCCCUCAGGUCCUGGACUCUCCCCUCCUGCCACCACUGGCCUCUCCAACCAGGGCCCGUUCCCCUGAUGUCAUCUCUUCAGCCUCCACAGCCAUGUCCCAGGACAUGCCAGAGAUUGCAUCUCAGACCCUGCAGCUUCAGCGUGGACUAGUGCCCAGCUUGGAGCCCUUACCACUUUCUGCUCUCCAGACGGACAGCAUGGCCUCUGCUGCCUCUGCUCUGCACCUGCUCACCUCACCACGCACAGCCAACAACAGCCUGUUGCCCCUUGAACUUGGAGGGGGAGAUGGGCCAGUGGGUGGGGCUGUAGAGUCAGAACCCAGACUCAGCCACACCCCAUCUUUACUGGAGAAUGCCUUAUCGCAGGAGAAUCCUGGGGCAGGAGGAGGGUCCUCAGAUGGUAGUGUUAGCCACACACCUUGGCCAGCUGCACCUGACAUCACCAGAGAAACCAGGAACAGUCUCAGGGACAAUGGUCAUGGAGACUGUUCAAGAGAGGAGUCAAAGGACAGACAUAUGAACUCACCAUACCAUCGGCGUUCCUAUCACCUCACACCGAAUGACAGUCAGGACGCUGGUGCAGAGCAGAGUGAUCCUGAUGAUGAGGUAGCCAGCCUGGCAUCGUCUUCAGGAAAUUGUGGCUCUCGCUCUUCUCACAGACUCCCAGUAAAGGACUGGAAGACGUCACCACGAGGCUCGCCAAAAGUAAAGAAGAAGAUCAAGAAAGAUGACAGUGAAUCAUCUCAGUCCAGGCAAAUGGACUCUGGUCAGAUGAAUGUAGAAGUACAGGACGAGUUGUUGAUGCUUCUGCGUAGCCAACAGAGGGAGUUGACUGAACUGCGCGGUCAGAUUGAAGCCAUGCAGAGCUCCAUUAUGGCCCAGGUCGAGCAUGUCCUGACCAACCACCAGGAACAAGAACAGCGUAGACUGGAGCGGGUCCUGGCAGAGAGUCAAAAUCAUCAGCAGCAGCUUCAGGAACAGCUCAGCCAACAGCUCAGCCACACGCUCAGUUCAGCCCUCACCAAUAGAAUGGACAAAGUGCUUCGAGACGAAAUGAAGAAAACAGUCCCACAAACGAUCUCUAAGAGCCUGGAGCCUGUGACAGGUCAGCUGAGCAAUACAAUUGCUGCUAAGCUGACUGCUGUGGAGGUGACCUUAAAGGACAAUGUCAGCAAGGUGGUCAAAUCCAAGAACACAACAGAUGCAAUUGGUCGAGCAGCAGCUGAAGCAAUGCAGGGGCCGAUCCAGGCAGCCUACAAAGAUGCCUUCCAGAGCAUCGUGCUGCCUGUUUUUGAGAGAGGCUGCCAGUCCAUGUUUCAGCAAAUCAAUGACAGCUUCAAACAAGGAACACAAGAAUACAUCCAGCAGCUUGAGACUCAUAUGAAGAACAGAAAGCAGAGAGAGCAGGAGACAAGAGACCCCAUGAUUGGCCAGCUCCAACAGAUGAUCGACAACUUCCAAAGCUCCAGUGAUCAGCUGGCCAAUAACAUCACAUCUAACGUCCGGGCAGAGGUCCAGCACCAGAUCCAGAUGAUGGUGGGAAAUUUGCAAGAAUCUAUUCUUAGCCAUGUGCAGCGAAUUGUCAAAGGGGAGGUGAGCAUGGCAAUGAAGGAGCAGCAGGCAGUGGUCACCUCCAGCAUCAUGCAGGCAAUGAGGUCAGCGGCUGGCACACCCGUCCCCACAGCUCACCUAGACUACCAGACACAGCAGGCCAACAUCCUGCAGCUCCUCCAGCAGGGCCAGCUCAACCAGGCUUUUCAGCAGGCUCUUUCAGCAACAGAUCUCAACUUGGUCUUGUAUGUGUGCGAAACCAUUGACUCCCAGCAGGUGUUUGGUCAGCACCCCUGCCCUCUCAGCCAGCCCGUGCUGCUGUCACUCAUCCAGCAGCUCUCCUCCAACCUUUCAACCCGCUCUGAGCUCAAAAUCAGUUAUCUGGAGGAUGCACUGAUGAACCUGGACCACGGUGAUCCGCUGACACGAGACCACAUGUCCUCCGUGUUGGCCCAGGUCAGACCCAAGCUCUUUGCCUUCCUGCAGCAGGAUCCCCACAGCCCGCUCAGCAAGAGGGCACGGCGCCUGAUGAUGAUGCUGCAGGGUCUUGUCAACCACUAGUCCUUCAUUUAAAGUCUGGUGCAGAGGAGUCAGUUUCCUCACAGAUACAGAUCAUGAGUCCAGUUUUGUCAUGAGUCUGCAGAAAGCAACAAGGACUACUUCAUCUCACUUUAAGCAGUUUGUUUGAGCAUGAAACAUGUCGCUGGUUGGAGAUGGAAGAUAAGUUUUUCACUUAAAGAAGAGAGUCCCCUCCAGUCCAUCUGUCCCUCCUUACACCCCUAAAUCCAGCUUUUUCUUCCCCGGAGCAUUCCUCCUCCUCUAACUGCACCAGUGAAGUGUUAAGUUAGGAAGCAGACUGUUUUUUGUUACCCUUGAUUUUGUUUUUCAUUUUUUUCAUUAUUUUUCAUACCUUCAAUGCAAGACAAUAAUGGUCUGGAUGGAAAGAUUGUUGUUGAUUUCUGUUAAAGAGACUCUUUACGUUCACUGUAGACUCUUCCAGAUCUUCAUUUCUGCCCCGCAACCCAAAGGGGCACUCUGGUUGUCACUUCUCCUUUUACCCCUAUCAAGAAGCAAAAGACUCAACAAAAGCCAGAGCGCCUGAUAAUUCCGGUUGUCCCUGUCUCCCAGACACACCAUACCUGACACUCCUUUGAUGUUACGUCACGCAAAUGUGCAAACACUCAACGAAUGUUCAGCUGAGUGGCUCACGAGAACAAACAUGGCCAUUUUUUGUGUUCUGCUGUGUUCCUCUGACCUGUCAGUCAGGCAUGUUGAGUUUUGGGAUACAGGACAAGAUGUGAUGCAGGGGUUGCUUCUAAGCAGAAAGAACGAAGGUUACUUAAAAGAAGGAAUGUUUUGCCUCAAAAUGUCGCCUUGUAUCUCGGCCUUAGGAGCAAACAGCAGGCCUGGACACAUUUUUUUUUUCUUCAAUACAGACCAGCAUCCUUGCUGGAGUUAACUUGGAAUUCAGUGGCUGCAGGAAUACACAGUCCUGAGUUCAGUUUUCUUAUAGAACCAAGAUAAUCCCAGCAACCAAAAGUAUGUAACAUCCAAAGCCAAUUUUGUUGGUGGCAUGUUUCCUUUCAGUUGUUUCUUAUUAGGUUGGAGAUGACAGCCUUGCCUGGUCAGAUCAGUCUCGGUGAGAAUCAACAUGUUGAACUGCUUUACUGAACGUUAAUGACACCUUCUGUGGUCUAAGUAUUGAGGAUGGAAAGCUUAUCUCAUUAUACCUUUUCCAUCUGACCUUGUUUUCACAGAUCACUCUGAUGAGGGUUUCUGAAGGAUUAAAAUAAGACUAAAGGAUGAGAAAUAACAAAAAACAUUUUUGAAAUCUAAAAAAUAUUUGCAAAGGUCCUCCAGGCUGAAAAGAAUUCCCCUUUAAAAUCUGAAAUGCUUGGAGCCCAACAUCAAGGUUGGCAGCCGUCCAUGUGCUCUGUCCUGUAAAAUGAUCAGACUGCUCCUCAAGACAUUUUUUCUUCACUCAGUCCCUUUUUAAAAAAAAUAACAUUUAGUAUUUGUAAGACUUGUAAUCUUGCUUUAAGAGUUGUCAAACUAGUUAUAAAAGAUAAUAAAACACUUCCUAAACAUUGCUAGUGCUGAUGUUGUUUUAUCAGAAUAUUCCAAAUAAUGUUUGUUAAACUUAAUGUGCAGUUACUUCUCACAGACUCUAGGAGGCAGCACUUAGUUGGACUGCAGAUAGUCACCCUGCUUAUCAUUUAAGUUUUGAAUUCAGAGAUCAUUCCUGCUCUUACAGUAUCAGUUUUACCAAACAUUGAAAAGCCUGCCUUUAGUUUGUAAAUGCACUGUUUACUCAUCUUUCAAGUGUGUUAAGAGUGUGUGAUCAUUUGUGUACAGCCCAUUUCUACAUAUUGUUUAAUCACAGGGUAGCCACACUUCUGCUGAUUGUAAAAUAAAAGUUAUGUUAAUUUGACCUCUGUGUUUAGCAUCUGUUGAGUUGGAUUUGUCUAGCAAGUGCCUUAUUGUAUUUUAUCUGUUUUGGACAUUUGAUCCUAUUUGGGCCUUUAGACAACUCGUAAUGUUCAGGCAUUAUCCCACAUCAGUUCCAUUUAACUCUUAAAAGCAUUUAUUUCAUUCAACGUGUGGUUGGAUCUGAUGUAAGGCUCAGACAGCACGGCAGAGGAGAACCUGUAUGUUUUGUUUGCAAACAUUUGACUCAAGACAGUUGACUUGGACAGGUAUUUGAAUGCUCGUGUAUGGAACAGAGAUGUUAUAUUUUGACUACUACCACCUUCACCUUUCAGCGGCAGACAGGCCGAGUCCUGCUUCACCCUGAGUGGGAGCUGUGUCUUUUAUUUUUUUUUCUCUCUCUCUCCAUUGUGUUCAUUUCCCUCUGCUUGGUUGAUUAUGUUGUAUCUUUUACAGUUUCAUUUACCCCAAACAUUUUGGAAUAAAAAAAGAGAAAGACUUGUUCA